UGUGGCUCUAAUGCCCUACCCAUCGAUAGCGUUUUGGAGCGAUUAAAGCCCCGGACAGUUGGGAGUAGUUCAUCUUGGCCAGCCGACGGCAACGGUUGAGUUUUUGCGCCGUCCAAAAAAUGGCACUGGAUAAGUUGAUUCUGCUAUGCUGCUGCAUCCAUUUUGCUGUGUGCGCGGACAGCUUCGAGAUCCCCAACAGGAACACGGACCUGGAUCUGGACCUCGACCUGGAGGCCGAGGAUAGCAUGGUGGACACCGCACGAUCCUUGGAACCGGGACAGCCCAAGCAGCAUUCGGCGGGAUACACAGACUAUGAAUACUAUCAAAGGCCCAGGCCAGGGGUCGUCAAUGAUCACUACGGGAACGGGAACGGGAAUGGUAAUGACAACGAUCUCAGCGCAUCCUCGGCCAUGAAGAGAUUGCAUGAAGAGACCAAUCGGAGGCCAGUCAGUGGCGCCGUGCCCCACAAGCCACUGCCUUGGUACGGCGAGUAUUCCGGCAAGCCCAGCGCCGCCAGCGUGCCCAUGUACCCCUCCAGAUCCUACGAUCCUUACAUUCGGCGCUACGACAGGUUCGAUGAGCAGUACCAUCGCGCCUAUCCGCAGUACUUCGAGGACAUGUACAUGCAUCGGCAGCGCUUCGAUCCGUACGACAGCUACAGUCCCCGGGUGCCACACUACCCCGAGCCGUAUGUAAUGUACCCCGACCGCUAUCUGGACACACCCAGUGCCAGGGACUACAUCAAGUCGCGACGCGGCUACAUCGAUGAUCCCGUCCCGCUGACCGACUCCUACAAUUCAAAGUACGGUCCUUCCCCGAAGCUAUCCGACCUCACGCUGCCCAUGCGUAACCAGCGGGUGGUGUACUACGCCCAUCUACCAGAAAUCGUACGGACCCCGUACGACAGUACGCGACCGGAGGAGCGCAACUCGGCGGCCAUGACCAUGUCGGCUGCCGCACCGUACAAGCUGAAUAAAAAGAAAAUCAAAAGCAAUCUGCGACCUCUAGGCAAUAAUUCUACCGGUUAUAAAAUGACAUUAUAGAAGCGAAAUCCGAAUUUAAGAUUUUUUCUUCUGUUUACUUCAAAAAGCACUUGAAUCGGCGGCAAUAGAGACUAAGACAUCAUACGGAUCGGAUCUAUAGUCCCCCCCUACCUAA